UUCACAUACAGUUUUCCCUAAUUUGCGUUAUCAUGCAACUUCUCUCUGUAGAACGCUUAAUAAUUAGUCCAACUUCAUAUGUUCAUUUAUCUGCAAAUUGUUUGACAGGAAUUAUUCUUCGUAACAGUUUCAAAUUAAAAGAUUGUUACAGAAAACAACUGUUGACCUAUGAAAAAGGACUUACCUUGUUACGAAAUACGGUAAAUGAAAAGUAUUACAAGAUAUUUAUAUACAAUGAUGCAUUGUUCAAAAGCCUGAUUCAGUCAAAGAAACGUAUAAGAAAUGAUUUAGCACAAAGAAAAAAACAGAUACUCAAUAUUUCAGAAAUUAUUUUGAAACAAAAAGAUCAAUUAGUCAAACUAUCAGAUCUGAUGAAGUCUCUUGAUACUCAUACGAAAAUUAACGUACGAAGUGGCUAUUCUUCAUUAGCAUUGGAGUCAUGCAUCAAUCGAAAAAUUUCGAUCUCUGCUAGUUCAAAAGCCAAUACGAUGGAAGAAACUUGUCAUAAAAACUUCCCAUACACUGAAACAGAUAUCAAGUCACUAGAUAACGCCAUCACCAUGCUGCACGUCAAAAUAAAAGAAUUUAACUUCGCGUUAUAUACGCAGAGGAUUCAGUUGAAUAUUCUUGCAGAAAUCGAGAGUGAAUUAUAUGGUUUAUCCAUUUCAAAGUGA